UACAACAACAAAUGAUUUUUCUCGUCCAGUCCCCCCAGCGCCUCAAGAGACCCAGGAUAAGCCAUUGGUCAACGGAGUCCGGCCAAGCAACGCGGACGCCACACGGGCCAUUAUGGUCUCACUGCCCAGUCGCUUCCUGUGUGACGUCAGCUACGGUCGGCUUAAAGAACGGGGAGUUCUGGUGCACGAAGGAGAGCGACCUCCACAAAACGAGGCGGCUGUAGACGGAGUCCUGGCGGACAUCCAAGCCGGAAGGUCCACAGAAAGACACGGCAGACUACCGUCCGGCAGCGUCAGACCUGUGCUCAUGGACGCUCAGUCCCUGCUCUGUUCCGUCAAAGAAAAUGCUGUGAGUCAGUACCUCAUCGGAGGGGACGAGAACUGCAACCACUCCACCUGCAACUAUCCCCUCAAGCCUGGGCACACCUACAGACUUCAAGCGUUCGCCUGCACAAACGCUGGUUGCACCAGGACUAGAUGGUCCCAUCCAGUCAGAACAGGCCCGUGUCCUUGAGCAAGUUCAUGGAACAUGUGGAGAUGAUGCAUAAAGAUUCCAACCUUCUCUUUUCAGAGGAAUACAAGCGACCACGCUCGGGUCAAACUUCUGCCAACUGAUGACGAUGACUCUUCCGACUACAUCAACGCCAGCUUCAUACCGGGUUUCCGAGGACCCCGCGAGUACAUCGCUGCCCAAGGCCCACUGCCCAGCACCACAGAGGACUUCUGGCGUAUGGUGUGGGAGAAUGGGGUGACCGCCGUGGUCAUGUUGACGCAGUGUGUGGAGAGGGGGAAGGUGAAGUGUGAGGAGUACUGGCCGGCCGACCCAUCCACCCCUGUCUACUUUGGUGAUCUUCACGUGACCUUGAGGUCAGCUUCCGUACUUCCGGACUACGUCAUCAGGGUCAUGGACGUCAAGCUGUGGUGCACUGCAGUGCUGGCGUGGGCAGAACUGGGACCUUCAUCGCCCUGGACAUCCUGCUUCAGCAGAUCCGGACUGAUGACAUCAGCACAGUGGACAUUUUCGGCCUGGUUCUCUCCAUGAGGAAAAACAGACCACUGAUGGUGCAGAGAGAGAACCAAUACAUCUACAUCUACGACUGUCUGAGGGACGCCAUGAUGGAUGAGUCAGAGGACGAGGCGUCCGUAGCAACACUUGACGACC